AUGAAGGCAGCUCUCCUCACUCUGACCUCCCUCCUAACCUGGGCCUCGGCAAUGCCCCAGGCCGAGGGAGGACAGCCAGAACAACCUCAACCUCAGCCACAAGUCCCCACGACCAACGUCGUAGUCGUGACCGUCACCGGCCAACAGCCACCGCCCGCUGAGACGCAACCCAUCCCCAACGUCCCAGUUCCCGUUGAUCCUGCGCCGCUGCCCAGCACACCGGUCAACCCGACCGCACCCGUCCCCACGCCUCCCAAUCCCGCGGUGCCUCCGUCCGGCGGCAAGAACUGCGUUUGCGGCGCCACCUACUGCGGCAAGGUCCUCGUCGGCUUCCAAGGCUACAAGACUGAGGAACUCGGCCAGAGCUACUGCGCUACGCCCAACACCAACUGCGCCUCCUCCGCCCCGUCCCCGGAGUCCCUCGAAGACACCCUCUUCGUCUGCAUCUGCGACCCGGGCCAGGAGAAGGGCAGCGUCAUCGAGCUCCUCUGCCCCUGCCAGGGCCGCUGCAAGAACGACAAGCCCGACUUCAUCGGCCGUUGCGAGACGCCUUGCAACCUGGGCUGUGCCGCGCCUGCUCCGGGCACCACCGGUGUUCCCGUGCCCGAGCCCGUCCCGAUGCCCGUCCCGGUCUCGCAGGGGGUACCGGCUGACGCCGCUCCUCCGGCGAACAAGAAGGCUAGGCGGCUCUAA